AUGCUUCCUCACAAAUUGAAUUUCCAAUCAUUCAGAUAUAACAUCCUGGUGCACAGGCUGAAGUUUUGCAGUCUCCUAAAUCAAAAUUGCACUCUGAGUAGGCACAUUCAGGGUUGCAAACUCCAUUUCCUAAUAAAUUUGAAUUGCAGCCUGCGUGGCAUUCUUUGCAAGUUCCAAGACCAUAAUAGCAAGAGGCCUCAUUACAAUUUGAAUUACAAUUUUGACUUAUUUCAAUAUCCCCACCUAUAUAAAUUUUACAUGAAGGCGCACAUUGGCCACAAUCUCCUCAAUCGUAGCCACAAUUCUCUGUGUUGCAGCUUUCAUCACAGUGCCCAUCACCAAGAUUUUCUUGAUUGCAGCCAUCUAUGUAGAGGCAAUUUCAAAAACAGUCUGAACUUUCUUUAUCAGUUGCCCCGCUUUUAUGAACGUUGGCAUCAUAAUUACAGUAUGAAGUCAUGCAUUCUGGAUUGCAUACAUCAUCUCCUUUCUGAAUAA